AUGGGACUUUCAUCAAACAAAGCCGGAUACUAUGGCGCUGGUUCCGUCGAAGUCUCGCCAGCCACAGGCGAGAAUGACGGCCCCAUAAGGCGUUUGGCUAUCACCUCAGGCACGCUUGUAACCCAGCCCAUUGAGGGCAUCGAGACUGUGCACGAUAUUAUGAGUUAUGCGGGGCGCACACACGGAACGAAGCGAGCCAUGGGGUGGCGCGACAUUGUCGACGUUCACGAGGAAGAAAAAGAAGUAACCAAGUUCAUCGCGGGCAAGGAGACAAAAGAAAUCAAGAAGUGGAAAUACUUCCAGCUAAGCGACUACAAGUACUACAACUACAUUGAGCUGAAGGAUGCAGUCUCUGAGCUUGCUCGAGGUCUCAUUCACCUUGGAGUGACGAAGGAUCACGUCCUCAACGUCUACGCACAGACGAGCGUCAACUGGCAGCUUAUGUCACACGCUUGCGCCUCCAUCUCCACGCCUAUUGCUACGGCGUACGACACUCUAGGGGAAGAGGGCCUCAUCCAUUCACUGAACGAGCCGGACUGCAUCGGUCUCUUCACCAACGCCGAAUUGCUCCCCACUCUACUCAAUGUUCUCACUCACACACCGACUGUCAAGUACGUCAUUUACGACGGCACACCAAAGCCCUCUGUUCUUGAGAAUAUUCGUUCGCAUCGGGCGGACAUCGAAGCCCACAGCAUCGAUGAACUACGUGAAAUUGGCAAGAAGCAGUCCGAAGAUAUCCUCGAGGGUCGCCGACCGACGAAAGAAGACUUGGCGUGUAUCAUGUACACCAGCGGUAGCACUGGCGCGCCCAAGGGCGUCUGUAUCACUCACUCCAAUCUCGUGGCUUCAGUUGGAGCUGUUGUCACUCUCCUCGGCCAUCAUUUCUCUCAAGAGGACACGUACCUUGCCUAUCUUCCACUCGCUCACAUCCUCGAAUACAUUGUCGAAUUGUCCUUUGUUUUCGUCGGCAUGACCCUUGGUUACGGCCGCGUCAAGACUCUCACCGAUGCCUCCGUACGACAAUGCAAGGGUGAUCUCGGCGAGUUCAAGCCAUCUAUCAUGGUGGGCGUGCCAGCUGUCUGGGAGACCAUCAGGAAAGGGAUCAUCAGCAAGGUCAAUGCGGGAGGCACGCUCAAGAAGAGUAUCUUCAAUGGUGCUAUCUCUGUGAAGAAGGCUGGCGUGCCUGGUCUGAGCCAAUUGGCAGACUCCGCCGUCUUCAGCUCAGUGAAGGCUGCUACCGGAGGCAGACUGCGUUUGGCCUUGAGUGGUGGGGCGGCGAUCAGUAAGGAAGCCCAAGAGUUCCUGAACGCAGCUCUCGUGACUCUGGUGCAGGGCUAUGGGAUGACCGAGUCGUGUGGGAUGUGUGCCAUAUUGCCACCUGAGCUCAUACGCUACGAGGCUGUUGGUUUGCCAGUCCCGUCCAUCGAGGUAAAACUCUUGGAUGUUGCCGAUGCUGGCUAUUUUGCCAAGGGCAACCCGCCACAGGGCGAGGUCUGCAUUCGGGGUCCCUCAGUCAUCAAAGGCUAUUACAAACGGGAUGACUUGAAUAACGACGAGACAAUCUUCACCAAGGAUGGCUGGCUGAGAACUGGUGACGUCGGGCAAUGGAAUUCGGACGGAACAUUGUCCUUGAUCGAUCGGAUCAAGAACCUCGUCAAGUUGUCUGGAGGAGAGUAUAUUGCUCUCGAGCGCCUGGAAGCGACGUACAAAUCUUGCCCACUUGUCGCCAACAUCUGUGUUCAUGCCACGCCUGAUGCUAAGCAGCCCAUCGCUAUCAUCAUCCCGCACGAGGUCAAUCUUCGACAUGCUCUUGCAUCGACAUCCCCAGCACCGUCAAUCUCCUCCUUGUCCUCGAAAUCUAACAAAGGUGCCAACAACCAAGUCGAUCCCAAUGCCGAGCUUGCUGUCUUGUGUCACGACUCUCGAGUAAGGGAGCUUAUGCUUAAAGAGUGUAACGCAAAGGGGAAGAAGAGUGGAUUCAAGCCAAUGGAGACACUGCAGGCCGUCAUCCUUACUGCGGAUGAGUGGACGCCAGAGAGUGGGCUGGUCACUGCCGCCCAAAAGAUUCAGAGAAGUAAGAUCGCGAAGAAAUUCGACCAUGACAUCAAGGAGAUCUAUGCCCAGCAGUGA